GAGGAACCGCCAAGGGUGUGUGUCGCAGCCGCUCUUCGUCGGCGGUUUGCUGGGCUCCGAUGAUGGCGGCGGCGACGGUCGCCGAGGGAGUGAGCAUGACUGCGAGUCCUGUCUCAGGUGCCGCAGGCAAUGUGGAGUCUCCUGAAGCUGAAGGAGAAGGUGUCGGAGCAGCGGGCGAAGAGAAGGACGCAGCCACAAGAGGCGCGGAGGCAGCCGGAGACAGCGAGGAGGACGGAGAGGAUGUAUUCGAGGUGGAAAAGAUCCUGGACAUGAAGACCGAGGGGGGUAAAAUCCUUUAUAAAGUUCGAUGGAAAGGAUACACAUCAGAUGAUGAUACCUGGGAGCCUGAGAUUCAUCUUGAGGACUGUAAAGAAGUUCUUCUUGAAUUUAGGAAGAAAAUUGUGGAGAACAAAGCUAAGCCAGUCAAGAAGGAUAUUCAGAGACUGUCCUUAAAUAAUGACAUAUUUGAGGCAAAUUCUGAUAGUGAUCAGCAAAGUGAGACAAAAGAAGAUACUUCUCCAAAGAAGAAAAAGAAAAAAUUGAGGCAUAGAGAAGAAAAAAGCCCAGAUGAUAUGAAAAAGAAAAAAGCAAAGACUGGGAAACUAAAAGAUAAAUCCAAGCCAGACCUGGAGAGCUCUUCUGAAAGUUUAGUUUUUGACUUAAGGACAAAGAAAAGAAUUUCAGAAGCCAAAGAAGAAUUAAAGGAAUCAAAAAAGCCCAAAAAAGAGGAUAUUAAAGAAUUAAAGAAAGUUAAGAAGGGUGAAGUAAGAGAUUUAAAGACUAAACUAAGGGAAGAUUCCAAAGAAAACAGAAAAACAAAAAAAGAGAAAGGUGUUGAAUCUCAGUUGGAAUCUGAAUCAAGUGUACUUAAUGACUCCCCUUUUCAAGAAGAUGACAAUGAAGAGAUACAUUCUGACAGCAGAGAAGAGAAACAGAAGGUUAAAAGUGUAAAAGAUAAAGCAGGACAAAACGCUGUUCAAGAUGUUUUUGAUAAAGAGCCAGACGGCUUUGUGAGUGCUGAUGAGGAUGUGGAUGUCAAAGCAAAGAGAAAAAGAAAGAAACUGAGAAAGACCGAGGAACUUAAAGAGAGCAAAACACUAGAAAACAGGAAUCUUUUCCUAGAGAAGAAAGCUAUAUAUAAGAAACAAAGGAAUCAGGACAAAAGCAAAAGCACCACAGAGUUAGAUAAGCUACUGCCUGCACCUGCCCAAACACAGAAGAGUUCAAGAGCAGGUGUGGAAGAAAGAGGCCUCAGGUCCACCGACUCAGCUGGGGAGGAGAAAGAGAUUAAAAAAAAUGAACCCAAAGAGAAAAACCAGAAAAGGCAUGAUUUGGACAAGGAAGAAAAAGGCCGUAUAGAGCCAAAGGGAUUAAAGACACUUAAGGAAAUCAGAAAUGCAUUUGAUUUAUUUAAAUUAACUCCAGAAGAAAAAAGUGAUUUUCCUGAGAAUAAUCGGAAAAGAGAAGAAAUACCACUAGAUUGUAAAAUCACAGAAGAUCACAAAACCAAGGAAAACAAGCAGUUACUUAAAGAAAGGAGAAAUACAAGAGAUGAAACUGAUACUUGGGCAUAUAUAGCUGCAGAAGGUGACCAAGAGAUUCUAGACAGUAUGUGUCAAGCAGAUGAGAAUUCUGAUGGCAGACAACAGAUUUUGAGUUUGGGCAUGGACUUGCAGUUGGAAUGGAUGAAACUAGAAGAUUUUCAAAAGCAUCUUGAUGGAGAAGAUGAGAACUUUACUACAGCAGAUGCAAUUCCAAGUAAUUUAUUGAGGGAUGCAGUGAAAAACGGGGAUUAUAUUGCUGUGAAGGUUGCACUUAAUUCAAAUGAGGACUAUAACCUGGACCAAGAGGAUUCGAGCGGGAUGACCCUGGUGAUGCUCGCUGCAGCAGGAGGGCAAGAUGACCUGCUGAGGCUCCUCAUCAGGAAAGGGGCUAAGGUGAAUGGCCGACAGAAGAACGGGACCACCGCCCUCAUUCAUGCGGCUGAGAAGAACUUUUUAACUACAGUGGCUAUUCUUUUGGAAGCCGGAGCUUUUGUAAAUGUCCAGCAGAGCAAUGGUGAGACUGCUCUAAUGAAGGCCUGUAAAAGAGGAAAUUCUGAUAUCGUACGACUCGUGAUUGAAUGUGGAGCUGACUGCAAUAUUUUGUCAAAGCACCAGAAUAGCGCACUGCAUUUUGCAAAGCAGUGUAACAAUGUGUUGGUGUACGACUUGCUGAAGAAUCAUUUAGAGACACUUUCAAGAGUAGCAGAAGAAACAAUAAGGGAUUACUUUGAAGCACGUCUUGCUCUGUUAGAACCAAUUUUCCCAAUAGCAUGUCAUCGUCUCUGUGAGGGGCCAGAUUUUUCUACGGAUUUCAAUUAUAAACCCCCACAGAACAUACCAGAAGGCUCUGGCAUCCUGCUAUUUAUUUUCCAUGCCAACUUUUUGGGUAAAGAAGUUAUUGCUCGGCUCUGUGGACCAUGUAGUGUACAAGCUGUAGUUUUAAAUGAUAAAUUUCAACUUCCAGUUUUUCUGGAUAGUCAUUUUGUUUACUCGUUCAGCCCUGCUGCAGGCCUCAAUAAACUCUUCAUAAGGUUGACGGAAGCGCCUUCUGCUAAGGUUAAGCUGCUAAUAGGUGCAUAUAGAGUACAGCUGCAGUGA